GCGCGCCUCUGCUCUCCUGCGUCACCGGCGAGCGAUGGAGCAGUUCCAGGACGGCCACCACGUGCGACUGCGGAGCCGCGAGCGCGGCACGUACCUGCACGCCGACGACGACGGGCUUGACGUCUCCCUCCGCCGGAACCGCGCGUCGAUGAACGCGGCCUGGGCGGUGCACGUCUACCAGGGAGAUGGCAACAACCAGUACGUGCUCCUCCACAGCGCCGCCUACGGCCGCUACCUCGGCGCCACGGACGCGCCGGCGCGGCGAGGCCACAGCGGGCGCCGCGUCGAGCAGUGCGACUACGAGCCCUGGGAGGAGAUGGCCAUCAGGUGGCAGGUCGUCAGGAUCGGCUCGGGGGACGAUAUCCUGCUCCGCCAGGCGGUCGCCGGCCGCCUCCGCGCCAACGGGAGGUACCUCAGCGUCGACGCCUUCAACAGCGUCGGCCCGAUGAUGCAUUGGGUCGUGGAGCAAAUCCCCGCUAGGGAGGACACGCCUCACCUUGCAGCUCCGACUCGGUUUGCGUCAGAAUUCAACCGCGGAGAUUGCAGAUUGUGUUAA